AUGGGAAUGGAUCCCGACACCCGGGUUUCCUUCCUUAUCGAUCAGCAGGUGGGUGGGUGGAAUUACGUUCUCGUUCAGAAUCUAUUUGUUGAGAGGGAAGCUGAACAAAUUCUCAGCAUUGCUCUGAGUCCUUUGUGCAGGCCGGAUAGAAUCACUUGGGGGGGCACCAAAAAUGGGACCUUCACUGUUCGCAGUGCUUAUCAUCUGGAAAUGCAGAGAAGAAGACAGGAGGAGGGGGAGUGCUCAACUCAAGGAGACAAUACGGAAUUUUGGAAAUGGUUAUGGGGUCUGCAAGCUCCAGGGGUUAUUAAGAACUUUGCUUGGAAAGUAGCUAACGAGUUGUUACCAACAAGGCAGAAUUUAUUCCGGAGGAAGGUUAUUUCUGCCCCCUUCUGUCCGUUUUGUGAGAGUGAGACGGAGACAACUUUCCAUAUUCUGUGGAACUGCCCUUCAACAACGGCAGUUUGGCAAGAAGCUCCAGGCCAGUUGGUAAUUCAGGCAAGGGAGAUGUUGGUGGCCUUUGCAUCUGAGAACAGCCGAAAUACAGAGGAGGGCGUCUCUAACCCUCAUUCUCUACACCUCUGGGAGAAACCACCCCCUGGUUGGAUGAAAGCUAAUUGGGAUGCAGCCGUAGACCAAAAACUCAACAGGAUGAGUACAGGGGUGGUGGUUCGGGAUGAGCAAGGGGUGGUGGUGGCUGCUUCUAUGGCAAUUGUCCCCUUCAUCCGUGACCCAUCUUUGGCUGAAGCUAUAGGGGCGUGGCAUGCUCUCUCUCUUUGCAGCUUCCAGGGCUUUUCACAGGUAAAUUUUGAAAGGGAUUCACAAGUGGUGGUGUCAGUUUUGCAGAAGGGAAAUCAGAGUUGUAGCAGUAUUGGCCAAAUUAUAGAGGACACCAGACACUGUCUCUCUGCAUUAUAUCCUUCUAGGGUGACUUUUGUAAAGCAUGAGGCUAACACAGCUGCCCACAAGUUGGUUAAAAGUGCUUUAUGUAGACAGAUUGAUCAUGUCUGGAUAAAGGAGUGCCCUCCUGUUAUCCAAUGUGUUGUAGCCAAUGAGCAAUUGUCUUGA